AUGUCUAUUUAUGAUUUAUUUAGUGGGUGUUUGAUUUCAACAGUUAUGAUACCAAGUGACUUUACAUUUGGAGAAAACUCCACAGUCACCUUGCUUGGAAAUGGUUGCUUGAAUUUAACUAUUGAACAAUCAUUUACACUGUAUUUAUAUGGUAAAUCUCUUAUUUAUGAGCUGAAGUGUCCCCCAUUGACUGAAAUAAUCAAGGCUAGCUCAUUAACAUCUAAUUCUAGUCAUAGCUAUAAUCACUUGCUGAAAGAAUUCAAAUUAUUUCAUAUUUACUGUAAAAAUAUAACCGAAGAUAUGCACAACAGCCCUAAUAAGGUUACUGCAAAUGUCAAGCAGUCUAUUUCCCAUCAUUUAGAAAAUCCAUCUCUAGUUUGGACUUCUUGCACCACACUCCUUGAACAAUCUAAUAACUUAAAUGAUUCCGACCAAUUUAUUGAUAACUAUCCACCAAUUAAUACCUCUUUUUGGAAAAAUAGAGUUGAUAAUCAGCAAAACUCAAGUAAUACUCAUAACUCAUCUUCCUCUAAUCAAUCAUUCAGUAGAUUGACUCCAUUGAAUAUGAGUUUAGUUCCUCCUCUUUAUCAAUCUUCAUCUAUUUGUAAAGAUCAAAUUUCAAAUUUGGAUAUUUUAAAAGAUUUUUCUAAAUCACCAACACAAUUAGAAGAUGAAAUUGAUUUUGAUAAUCUGACAGAUAUCGAGCUGUAUGAUCUGAUUGAGACCAAUCCAUCCAAACUUUUAUUACAUUUGUUCAAAAUUUGUGACUUGAAUGAAUUGAAAGCUAUACUUGAUAAAGGUACUACCAAUGUAGAUGCACCUAAUAUUUAUGGAUUACAAUUGCCCUCUAUGGAAAGUAUGAAACCAAUUACAACUUUGAUGAAUUUCUAUGAACAAAAUUAUGAAGAGAAUAUCAAUCCACUUGAUCUUUAUAGAGUUGAGGAGAAUAGAAAUGAAGACUAUGUAGUUUACCAAAAUAAGGUGUUUAACGCUUUGGAGCCAAAGAGAAAUGCCAACCACACACGAAAGGGACUAUUGUACAUUGAAAUAUUGAUCAAGACAUUAUUCUUCCAUUGUGAUUGCCCUCAAAUAAUUUUAAUUCUAAUCAUAAUGAUGGAGGAUUACAAAUUAAAAGAAUUGAAUAUUAGAAGGGAGCAAUUGAAACAAGAAAUCGAGAACAUCUCAAAGAAAAAAUCACCUAAUACUGCAUCCUCAUCAAAUUUGACAACUACAACCAAAAACUAUCAAAUGGAACAAUUCAAUUUACAAAAUCUUCAAACGGAAUAUCAAGAGAUUAAUACAAAGCUGAAAAAUAGUCUAAAACAAAAGUACAGUAAGGAAAUUCAGAACAUUAUUGACUUCUCUCAAGAAGUAAUGACACCACUCUCAGAAAUGCAAUUAAAAACACUUGCUCAACUCUAUUUGUGGCAAGGUGAAAAAUUGCAUGCCCUUAGACUCUACAUUGCACACAAUAUAGAGGAACAAAUCAUCAAAUUAAUAUCCUCCUACUAUCUCAAUCAACAAGGCAGUUUCCCAAUUGAGGAGCAAUAUCAACUGUUGAAUUUGCUCUUUGAGUACUGUCUCUCUGUGAAAUGUUCUCCAACAGCAAAGGAAACACUCCUAUCAUAUGCUUGGCAAUUGAUGCCACUCUCAUACAGUGUUUUUGAUUUCUUUUCCAAAUACAGAUCCGAGAGAAUAUUAUCGGAUAGUAAUGGCAAAGUUUUUACCUCAGAUGACGAAACAGUUGGUCAAUAUCUACAAGGAUUACAAUCUUUCACCAACAUGAAAUUAAAGCUUGCCACACAAAUGAAAUAAAACAUUGAGGUGAUGAUGAAUUAACUAAGACAAUCUUUAUCAUCACCUUGUUCAAUUUUUUU